AUGACUAAUGAUGAAUUGAAAAACCUCUGCCUUAUUGAGAUUGAGAAGAUACUCAACAGCAAUGUGAGAUCUUUAAGAGACUAUCUAUUAAUGACAUAUCUUGAUUUGUGUGAUAUUCGCCUUUUUCAGAAUAAGCUAAUAGAGGAUGAGUUAGCAUAUAACACAAAUGAGUUAACUCAUACAAACUUAUAUACGAAACAAAAGAUGACUCAUGAGCAAAGGUUAAUAUUCGGUGAGAUAGUCAAUGUUGUUAUUGCAGACUCUAGUGGAUUUUACUUCGUUUAUGGGUAUGGUGGGUGUGGUAAGACAUUUAUUUGGAAUGGACUUUCUUCUGCUAUUCGAAAUAUUGGUUCUGUUGUUGGUGAUGAGUCAGAAGUUAACAUUAUAGAUAAUCUACUGAUUACAACUACUGAUGAUCCUCUAUCUCAUUCGAGUAAGGCAAUUCUUACACCAACGCUUGAGAGUGUCAAGAAGGUAAACGACUUCGUCUGGACAAUCUUUCUAAGGAUGGAAAAGGAAUAUCUAAGUUCUGACACAACAUAUCAAGCUGAUGAGAAUGAAAAUGUACAACAAGAGUGGUUCACACCAGAGUUCCUAAAUGACAUCAAAUGUUUGGGACUACCCAACCACAAGUUGACUUUGAAGCCAGGAGUCAUUAUAAUGCUACUGCGAGACAUAGACCAGACUUCAGUUUUAUAUAACGGGACAAGGUUAAUAGUUAACAAACUUGGCAACAACGUAAUUGGAGCGACGGUAGUGACCGGUAGAAAUAUUGGCGACAAAGUGUACAUUCUAAGAAUGAACUUGAUCCCUUCAGAUUCAGGAUUGCCAUUUAAGUUCCAACGGAGACAAUUUUCAUUAACAAUGUGCUUUGCAAUGACAUCAAUAAGAGUCAGGGUCAAUCAUUAUCACAUAUAG